AUGCCUGAGACCACGAAAGUGGUGCCCCUCACGUGCCAUGGACACUCGCGACCUGUCCCGCACAUCCACUUCUCGUCUCUGAUGAACGACGAUCAGUACUACAUUAUAUCAGCAUGUAAAGACGGAAAUCCCAUGCUGCGCGAUGGCAUCACUGGAGACUGGAUUGGCACAUUUCUCGGCCACAAGGGCGCGGUAUGGCAGGCGCGACUCUCUUCAGAUGCUUCUUUGGCAGCCUCCGCUUCGGCUGACUUUUCGGCCAAAGUAUGGGACACCAACACAGGCGAAGCCUUGCACACACUCACUCACAACCACAUCGUCCGCGCCGUCGCCUUCCCGAGCCAACCGAAGCCUCAAAUCGUCGCAACAGGUGGUAUGGAGAAGAAGUUGCGCAUUUAUGACCUCUCCAGAGACUCGGCUACAAGCUUCGAGAUUGGCGCCGGCGUGCAUGAGGGAACCAUCAAGUCUAUCGUCUGGACGUCUGAUUCUAACAUAAUCAUCACGGCAGCAGAGGACAAGAAGAUCCGGUGGUGGGAUCUGCGACAACAAAAGACUAUCGGAGAGCAUGAAGUGGAAGGCGCGGUUGGCUCGUGCGAGUUGGGUAACACUUCCUCGGACGGCCUGCUGAGCGUGGCCGCUGGAAACAGCGUCUACUUCUUCAACAGCCUCUCGCCUGGAUCGCUCGUCAAGAGCAUCAAGACACCGUAUGAGAUUGCGAGUGUGGCAUUACACAGCGGAGAGGGGAGGUUCGUCACUGGUGGAAGCAACCAAAACGACACCUGGGUCAGAUUGUGGGACUACGAGAAGGAAGAGGAAUUGGAGACGAACAAGGGACAUCACGGUCCGAUUUGGUCAUCUAGCUUUUCACCCGAUGGCAAGCUGUACGCGACCGGUAGUGAGGACGGUACAGUGAAGCUUUGGAAGUUUACAUCAGGGCCGUAUGGCUUGUGGAAGUAG